AUGGCUGUCCAGGCCGAGCAGAUCAACGUCAGCCUCUUCCUCGAUGGCGCGCGCGCCCUGCCGUUCGCCUCGUCCACCCUCCCAGACGGCGCCAUCGAGGCCAACUUCUCCGCCGAGCUCGCGCCGGGCAUGAAGUGGGACCUGACGUGGUACUCGGCGAGGCAGGACCUCAUCGGCUCGUACGGUAGUCUCUUGCGCUUCGAAGGGUCGAUGGAGGGUUCGCUCGUCGGCGGCAAGGUUCUCGGUGCGGAUGGGACGGGACACCUGCAAGGAGUACUCCAGACGGGACAGUCCCCCUUUGGCUUCAACCUCGCCAUCAUGCCGCCUGGAUAUCUCGAUAUCAUCAACACGGCCGGGGCUGCAGAAAACCGCGCGAUCGCCUCCUUCCACCUCGUCUGCUUCGAUUCGAGGACGGUCAGGGUCCCCUCGCUCCCGCCGACAACACCCUCGUCCACGGCAGCGCCGGCCACUCCCUCUUCCGCCACCCGCAGCCUCCUCUCGCCUGUUCAGUCGCCUCAGAGCAGUGUCGCGGACCAGACCAAGAUACAGGAGCUCGAGAAGGAGCUCAAUGUCACGAAGAACAGAGCCGAUCACUUUGAACGCUCCCUCCUCGCCCUCUACGAGAUCGUCCCGCACGAGUCGCGCCUCACCUACAUCGACUGGAGGCUCCGCAACGAUCAGCUCACGCCCGAAACGCGCGUCAAAAUCGCAUGUUCGAAGGCUCGCGUCGUCCAGGAGCUAGAGUUGACGGCUAGCGAGAGCGCCAAGGCCGAGCUGAGCGACAUGCUCGCUUUCUGCAUGCGCCUCGAGCGCGGUGGAAGGCCUCUCACGGCGUAG